UUGCUGUUUUUAAUUCCCUCUUCAGGAUUUAUUUGACAGAGUGCUAUAGUUACUAAAGAUAUGACACACUGCAUUUAUUAAUACGAUUUAUUGCUGUCUAGCACAACAUGCAGUGUCUGUGCAUUGCAGUAAUCUCUACGAGAGCUCUUUGGCAUCAUGGAUUAGGGUUAAAGUCCUUUCUUUAUAAGGUGUUUUUUAAAGAUAGCAGGAUUACUUGAGAAUCAUACAUCCUAUGUAUUAUUUACACUGAUUUGAAGUUGAGUUGGAUUCUCUUUUGUUACACUGUGAACAGCCAGAUAGCAACUUUUCUGUAUUGAGGCAAUGAUUUGUUUCACAGCUAUGUCUGGACAGCAGUACAAACUGAAUAAAGUGUAAAACAAGUAAAUAAAUUAAGGGCUCCAGAGAGUGCUGCUAGAUUGCUUUACUAUAAAUCAAUUUAUGGCUCUUACUGUACUGUAACUAGCCAGUUCUAGUAUAUUAGGUGGGUCUAAGGGAUCUUACAGAAUCUCUGUUAUUUCAAAAAGGCAAUCCAGGAUUAACCAUAUUGGUGGUCCAAAGUCCAGUGUUGAGGAGGGUUCCCCCAGGAGAGUCAGUGUCUCUGAAGUGCACCGUCCUCUCUGAGAGGAGAAUAGCAGAACUCCAAGUGCUUUGGUUCAGAGCUGCUGCAGGAGACUCCCAUCCUGAAAUAAUUUACAAUCAUCACAACAGCAGCCGUUAGUGUGAGAUCAGCUCUUCUCCACACAGCUGUGUGUACAACUUCUCCAAGAGUGUCCUCAGCCUCUCUGACACUGGCACUUACUACUGCGCUGUGGCCACCUGUGGCAAGAUCCUUCUUGGAAAUGGAACGACAUUGAGUCUGAGAAAGAGGCCAUGAGACCGUGAGCACUGAGCGAAACAGUUUAUCAAGCAAACACACCAUGCAACAGGACCUGGGCAUCUGGAGAAUGGUCCUGAUGUGUCUCACAGCAGUGCUUUCUAGUGAAAUAGGUGUCAAUCAGCUGAACUCUGUGACCACCGCUGCAUUUGGAGAGAAUGUGACUCUCCAGUGCUUUCUGCUUGAAGAGGACAACACCGAUCUCAUUGUCUGGUACCAGCAAAAAACAGGACAGGAGCCUCGUAUAAUGGCCAUGACUCAGAAAUCAGUAGAGACUUCCUCUUACUACAGUGAAUUUAAACCUCCAAAGUUCACUGUUGUGAAGGGAAGAGUGUUCUGUCAUUUGAAUAUUUCUAGCAUUGAACCUUCAGAUGAAGCCAUGUAUUACUGUGGCAUUAGAAGGUUUGAGAUUGUGUUUGGAAAGGGAGCAUUGUUAUCAGUGAAAGGGUAUUUAAAUAAAAAUGAUAAAUAUCAAGUAUCAGUGGUCCAAAGUCCACUGCUGGGUGUGGUUUCCCCAGGAGAGUCAGUGUCUCUGCAGUGCACCGUCGUCUCUGAGAGGAGAACAGCAGAACUCCAAGUGCUCUGGUUCAGAGCUGCUGCAGGAGACUCCCAUCCUGAAAUAAUUUACACUCAUCACAACAGCAGCCGUCAGUGUGAGAUCAGCUCUUCUCCACACAGCUGUGUGUACAACCUCUCCAAGAGUGUCCUCAGCCUCUCUGAUACUGGCACUUACUACUGCGCUGUGGCCACCUGUGGCAAGAUCCUUCUUGGAAAUGGAACAACAGUAUAUAUGUCCAGUCCUCUGGAUCCUGUAGUGAUCUUCCUGGGAGCAGCUCUGGGAGUGUGUGUGCUUGUCAUUUCUGCUCAAGCAGUUUUAAACUGUAAAAGGAUAAACUAUAAACACUGUAGUGUGAGACAUGGUGCUAUGAAAAUGAAGACCACCAGUCAGGACCAUGGUGCUGUGGAGUUGAAUUAUUCUGCCUUACAUUUCAUUGAUGGGAAAACCAGACGAAGGCGGGAGAAGAGAGGACAGACUGAAGACAACGUGUACUCUGAAGUGUUGUACUCUGCUGCUACAGAUUAAUUUGUGAUGUCUAAGUCAGCUAUUUAAUUUGAGCAGUGUGAUUCAGAGGAGCUGAAAUAUGCAGUAAUGGACUUCUCUUAUAGCAAAACCAAAAGAAAGAAAUGAGGGUGAGGUCAUUUGUAAACCAGCAUGUACUUGCAUCUGACUGUUACUUAGAUUACAUCGUUAAAUCGAGU